ACAAGCAACCAAAAAAACAACUCCUUCCCCUCAAACUGCCGUCCCUCCUCAUGAAACCGAAUCCUCCAGCUGUGGCGUCCCAGGCGCCCGCCCCGACCCGCCGAGGCUCCCGCCCGGAGGCGGUGCCCCUUGCCGGGAGCCUCUGCCCCGCGCCUGCCCUCGCCCUGCUCGACCCGCAGCGCCUCCGGCCCGCCCGCCCUUUCCCUGCCUGACGAUGAAGGUUUGGCUGCUGCUGGGCCUCCUGCUGGUGCAUCAAGCGCUGCACAAUGUGGCAGGCCAACACCCUCCAAAGAACAAGCGUCCAAAGGAACCAGGAGAGAACAGAAUCAAACCGAGCAACAAAAAAGUGAAGCCCAAAAUGCCCAAAAUAAAAGACAGGGACUCAGCCGAUUCAACCCUGAAGACGCAGUCCAUUAUGAUGCAGGUGACGGAGAAGGGUCAGUUCCAGAGACCUGCAGCCACCUUGAGCCUGACGGCAGGGCAAACCCUGGAGCUCCGCUGCAAAGGGAGUAAGAUCGAGUGGAGCUACCCUGCCUAUCUGGACACCUUCAAGGACUCCCGCCUCAGCGUUAAGCAGCUCGAGCGCUAUGGCCAGCUGACCCUGGUCAACUCCACCGCGGCCGACACUGGGGAGUUCAGCUGCUGGGGGCAGCUCUGCGACGGCUACAUCUGCAGGAGGGACGAGGCCAAGAAGGGCUCCACCUACAUCCUCUUCCCAGAGAAAGGAGAACUCUUUGUGCCUUCUUCCAGCUACUUCGAGAUUGUCUACUUGAACCCAGACAGGCAGGCUGUGGUUCCUUGUCGAGUAACUGUGCUGUCUGCCAAGGUCACGCUCCACAGUGAGUUCCCCGCCAAGGAGAUCCCAGCCAACGGGUCGGACAUUAUUUAUGACCUGAAGAGGGGCUUUGUGUAUCUGCAACCCCAUUCUGACCACCAGGGGGUGGUCUAUUGCAAGGCUGAAGCCGGAGGCAAGUCUCAGAUCUCCGUGAAAUACCAACUGCUCUAUGCGGAGGUUCCCAGUGGUCCUCCAUCGACCACCAUCCUGGCGUCGUCCAACAAAGUGAAAGGUGGGGACAACAUCAGUGUGCUCUGCACUGUGUUGGGGGAGCCCGACGUGGAGGUGGAAUUCAGGUGGAUCUUCCCAGGGCAGAAGGAUGAGAGGCCAGUGACAAUUCAAGACACCUGGAGGCUGAUUCACAGAGGCCUGGGCCACACCACCAGGAGCUCACAGAGUGUCAUCACAGUGGAAAACUUUGAGACCAUUGAUGCAGGGUACUACAUCUGUACUGCUCAGAAUCCCCAAGGACAGACAACGGUGGCUACCACGGUUGAGUUUUCCUGAAUGAGAAAGUUAAGUACAGUCAACUGCUAGGAAGCCCGUUUGUAUCCAACCUGCUGCUUCAGGGUCUUUGUAUGGAGUGCUUUGCUGGGGACUCAAGUGAGUCAGACCCAGACUUCCAAGCUGGAGGUCAUCAGUCUAUAAGAGUGGUAACCUAACAGAAAGCACGCAUUUUGAUUUCUUACCUGUUUCUAGUUGUUAUACGAAGAAAGUAUAUA